ACAGUCAACUUAACAGUUUUAUUCAGUUCGUUCGAGAAAUGUGUUCCGCUAAAGUAAAAGCAUUAUUGGUCGUGUUCAGCAUGGUCAUGCUGGUGGAUUCGCUCACGAUUCAAGAGUUACGGCUGGCGAUCCUUAAACAGCGUUUAGCUGCACGUUCCGGAACAUCAACGACAACGGCAGCAACAACGACAACGGCAGCAACAACGACAACGGCAGCAGCAACGACAACAACGGCUGCAACCACAACAACCGAAGCGAGUACUACCGAGUCCAAUUCAACAACAACCGAAGCGAGUACUACCGAGUCCAAUUCAACAACAACCGAAGCGAGUACUACCGAGUCCAAUUCAACAACAACCACAGCUGAUGCGACUACAACAUCCACCACUGUUGCAGCAUCCGACGACACUACGACAACUGCUGCAGAAAAUGCAACCACCACGGCGAGUGAGACUGACCUCAGGGCUCAAUACCGCGAUCAGGUUCGCCAGCAAGCGAUACAGAAAGUCUUGGAGCGAGCACAGGGUUAACAGUUUAGAUGGUUCCGAUCAGUUCUCACAUAAAGUAAUACUAAAUUA